AUGGUUUCAAACAAGCUACUUUUACAUAUUCAUCAACGGCUAACCGAAAUAUUUGGAUGCGCAGAUGACAUUCCAUUUGCAGGAAUAUCUGUUAUAGCAUGUGGCGAUUUCUACCAACUUCCACCAAUUCAAGCAAGGCCAGUUUACGCAGAAUACAAAGAUGCAUUAUUAAAUCUUUCACAUUGCUGGAAGCAUUUUAAGAUUGCUGAACUAACGGAAGUUAUGAGACAGCGUGAUGAUCAACAUUUGAUUGAAUUAUUAAACAAUAUCAGAGUGGGAAAAUUAGAAAGGCGACACGAAGAUUUACUAAAAUCUAAAUUUAUUUCACCAAAUGACCCACAUUACCCCAAAAAUGCAAUUCAUAUAUUUGCUGAAAAUCAACCCGCCUCUGAGCAUAACAAAAAAAUGCUUAAUAGCAUAACAUCGGACGAAAUAAAUAUCGAAGCUAUUGACAAAAUUCCAGAAAACCCGUGCAAUUAG